AUGGUAGAAGGUGCUAAUAUAAUUGCCAAGUCCCUUCAACAGCUGGGCGUGAAGACGGUGUUCGGCAUAGUGGGGAUUCCGGUGGUGGAGAUUGCCGAUGCUUGUAUUGAACUAGGAAUAGAGUUCAUUUCAUUUCGCAACGAACAGGCUGCCUCAUACGCUGCCUCGGCUUACGGCUAUCUUACUGGAAGACCCGGUGUUCUGCUAGUGGUAGGCGGACCUGGUCUGGUUCACGCCUCAGCAGGUAUUUUGAACUCGCAAUCGAACAGAUGGCCUAUUAUAGUCCUGGCUGGGUCGUCAUCUUCUGCUGAGAUCUAUAAGGGUGGAUUUCAGGAAUUGGAUCAGGUUUCAUACAUCUCUCCACACGUCAAAUUUGCGGCGCGGCCUCCAAACCUCCAGCGGAUCCCGGAGUUGCUUUCGAAAGCAUACAGAAAAGCCACUGUGGGUAUUCCGGGAGCAACAUAUGUGGAUUUUCCUGCUGAUUUGAUUCAGAGCCAAUUGGAACCAGAUUUUGCGUCUCAGGCUCUGGAGAAAAUCAGCGAUGAAGUGACCCGUUUGGGGGCUCCUGUCUUUGUUCCAGACGAGAAAGCUUUGACAAUUGCUGUCGAACAUUUAAAAGAGGCAAAGUGUCCUCUCGUGAUCAUAGGAAAAGGUGCUGCCUAUUCCAUUGGAGCAGCUGACAUCAUCCGCAAAUUUGUUGAAGGCCACAACCUUCCUUUCCUACCAACCCCAAUGGCAAAGGGUGUAGUUUCUGACUUUUCGGAGCUUAACACCUCAUCAGCGAGAUCUGCAAUUCUCAAGAGUGCAGACGUGAUUUUGCUACUAGGAGGUCGGUUGAACUGGAUCUUACACCACGGAGAAAGCCCUCGGUUUCAAAAGAAUGUAAAGUUCAUCCAAGUUGAUAUAUCCGCAGAGGAUAUUGGGGACAACGCCUUACCUGGAUCGUAUCCCCUUGGACUUGUCGGUGAUAUUGCUUUGACUGUGGAAAAACUGGACAAAAGGCUGCGUACUCACAAAUUCAAUGGGGUCCCCAAAUCGAUAGUUGAGAGACGGACUCUGAACGAGAAUAAACAGUCUCAGAAGGAAACCAAACCUCUUCAAAAGGGAAGCCUCAUGAACUAUAACCAAGCUUAUGCAGUUAUUAGAGAAUGUCUGGACAAACACAAUGAUGACGUUGUUUAUAUCUCCGAGGGUGCCAACACCAUGGACGUUGCCCGAGUUUCUUUCCCCAUGACUCAACCCAAGCACAAGUUGGACGCAGGCACAAAUGCUACUAUGGGGGUGGGAAUGGGAUAUGCAAUAAGUGCUAAAAGCGUGUUUGGCCCCGCAAAGAUUGUGGUAGCUAUAGAAGGAGACUCUGCGUUUGGAUUCUCGGCAAUGGAGAUCGAGACUUGUGUUCGGUCGAAUCUCCCAGUGAUUGUGGUAGUCAUGAACAACAGUGGAGUUUAUCACGGGAUAGACCCCCAAGCAAAAUUGACGAAGUUGCCUUCGACUGCUCUCAGUCAAGAUACCAAAUACGAACUCCUGGGUGAAGCUUUGGGGGCCACGGGUUACAGAGUUGCUAACCUUGAUGAACUGAAGGAGUCCAUGACAGAAGCUGUGACCAAAUACCUGUCGUCUGGCCAGACCAGCGUUAUCAACGUGAUAAUAGAGAAUGGAGCCCAGAAAAAGUUGCAGUUUGGAUGGCAGAACAAACCAAAGUUGUAA